GGAACCUCUCAGAGUGGAAACUCGUGUUUUCUCCGCGACAACACCAGACGAACCGGGACGUUUUUCUCCUUAUGGGACGAAUCAGACCCACUGAACAAGCAAGGUCACAUCGGAGGAGGUGACUAUUUGAGACACGAGAACUAGACAAGAUGUUUUGCUUACGUGACUCCAGUGACUGCCUGCAGGAGCAGAUGCACUACAUGAUGAGGUCACUGCAAGAUCUGAAGCAGCUGCGGAAAGCCUGCCCCGAAGUGCGACACCCCCUCGCUCCCCUCAACAGCCAGCUCCCAGCCAUGGCGCGUCAUCCUCCGCUGGUGGCGAGGGCCUGCCAGCAGCGGGCUCUGCAGCGGGAGCAGCGCGCACGCCUGCGGGUGUCCGAGGCCAGCACGGCCAGCACCUACGACUCGGCCUGCUGCCUCGCCAGCCCCCUGGAGGACGUCGACGAGGACGAGGACGACGCCAGCAGCGGGCUAGGACUGAGCUUCAGACGGGACCUGCGCUCUCCCUGUAGCCAGAAGAGUCUGGAGUUUGACUCGGGUUACUCCGAGGCGUCCUGGCAGGACGACGGCGUCGUCCUCAGGAGGACGAGGAACGUGCGCGUUUCGUCCUCCGCCUGCAUGCGGAUGAACAGGGCGCCCAGCGGACGCAUCCGGCCUAAAUCCACGUCCGACGCCUGCCUUGAGACCUGGACUUCUUUCGAGGUCAGCGACCCAGAGGACUGGACUAAUUCCCUGCUGACCAGAGGGCGCAACAGGCAGCCUCUGGUUCUGGGUGACAAUAGCUUCGCAGACCUCAUACAGAACUGGAUGGACUUGCCGGAUUGUCCAGAACCCACAGAACUGAAACUAAACCCUAGACGGAAAUUGGGGAGAGGCUUCUUUGGCAACAUGAGGAAGAAGCUGUCUGGCCUCUCUAAGACUGUGGAGGACAGAGUGAGGAUGAGAUCCACGGACCCUUCUCAUCUGAACCGAGCGGCCAACGCUCCAAAGCGCCUGUCCUGUCCUGUUGGGCCGUUGCAGCCCAAAGUGCCGUUUUUCCACCAGUCUCACUCGGGCAUCAAUGAGCUGGGUUCAGACUUCUACCACUUUGCUGCUAUGAUGAAGUCAGGCAGCCGACAGCCGAUAAUAUGCAAGGACAUCGUUGGUUACGUCUGACAGAUGUUCGUGUCAUUCCAUGUGCCGACCGGACAGUCACUUUAUUUUUAUACGAUCGCGUCUCACUUUACAUCAUUUCUGUUGUUAAAGUAUUUGGAAUAAAGAUGUUCUCCUGACUCAGGCCUCCAGUAUUUGCUCUAAUUUAUGUCUUAUAUCACGUAGUUUGCCAUUCUCACAGUAGGGCUGGACGAUAUAGAAAACAAGCAUAUGUCGAUAAAAUAGAAAUCAUAUUGAUCGAUAUCG